GAAAGAGAGUAGAUACAAAGCAAAUCAAAGCACGACGAGGAGGAAUUGUGGGAAGAAACAGAAGAAGAAAUACUACUGUCCGCAGCAGGCCUGUAAGUUAUCUAUAUUACCAGAUGAAAUCGUAAUGAAUUGCUUGGCGUUUGUCCCAAGAUUGGACCACGGAUCCUUAUACCUGGUCUCCAAGCUGCACCGCUCUCUAAUGCUUUCCCCGGAGUUAUACCAAGCCCGAUCCCUAAUGGGUCGCACCGAACACUGCAUCUAUUUAUGUUUAAGAAACGCUUCAGACCCGUUUGUACGCUGGUACGCCUUCUACCCAAAAGCAGCAGCCGUAAAUCAUCCUAGUCCGCUGGUACCGAUCCGGCCACACUUGUAUCAGCCUCCUGCAGCAUCUUCCGUGGUGGCCCAUGGUUGGGGUAUAUAUGUGAUUGGUGGGAUGAUUGGCGGGAAGCGGUCGUCCAGGGUCUUUUUCCUGGAUUGCCGAUAUCAUACGUGGACCAAUCUCCCUUCCAUGAUGUUAGCUCGAGCUUGUGCUGCGGCGGGCGUGGUGGACGGGAAAAUAUACGUUGUUGGAGGUGUCAAGGAACCAAAUCCCCGCAAAUGGGUAGUAGAGGUUUUCGAUCCAAAGAGGCAGACAUGGAGUACCCUUUCAACACAGCCGCAACCGCAGCCGCAGACGCAGCCAGAUGAUCUGUACUCUCCCUCCUUAAUGCCCGAAAGCGCGGUGAUAGAGGUGGAGAAGACGAAGAAGAUUUUCGGUUUGAAUGAGAAAGGUAAUGUUUGGCUUUACACUCCGAGCCAACGCAUAUGGAAAACAGGGAACUCGGAUACCAACGAACUUAGAAAGGGUUGGCAUGUGAUAGACAAUGUCAUCUACUCUUGUGUAACCGGUGGGUGGAUGUUGUGGUGUGAGGCAAGUGAAUUGGAGGAGUCCGCGGGGGGUGAGAUGAACUGGAGACAAGUUAUGGGCUUGGAGGAUCUUAGGGUCGCCCUUUGUGCCUCCAGAGUGGUCAACUAUAGUCGGGGUUUUACGCCAUCGGAAUACCUCGACGAUAUGCUUCCCGGUCACAAACUGAGCAACUCUGGUCCCAACAUGUUACUCUUCUGGGACUGUCUUGCUGACUGGAAAUGGGAGAUUAGGUGUGCAGAGAUCUCUUUACAAAGGCGCAAGGGAACUGGCGAGAUUUGGGGGACUGUUGAGUGGUCCGAAGCCGUCACAAGGAUCGAUCGUCCUCUAGAUCAGUAUCCUUAUCACUGUAAAAUUUUAUAUUCUAAAUCCUUCAAUCUUUGAAAUCUCUCUCUUAACUCUUUUUUAAAAAAAAGUCUCCUAUUAUGUACUGUCUCCUAUUUACAAAGAAAACACUCUACACUUGUAAUGGAUUAGAAAACUAUGUUGUUGUCCCACCAAAAACACAAGCAACAUCCUUUCAAUACCCAAAAUAACACUUCCUUUUCUUUGUUACUUCUACUGUUUGCGGGUCCCACCAACACGUUGUAACCCGCAAAUGGUGUAUUUUUUAAUUUUUUAUUUUGACAAAAGAAAAAGAAAAAAAAAAAUUUAAGCAACUUUAAUGAUUGUUGGGAUAAUGAUGCUCUAAGCAACGGCUUCUGCUGCUAAUGCUAUAGGGCCCGGCUCAAUGACUAAAUCUAAAAAUUUCCAAAUUUCUCUAGCUAAUAUUCCUAAAUGACAAAAUGUAAAACUUCAAUAUUCCACCGAUUCAUUUACAAAAAUCACCUAAACUAUACAUGUAUAGUAUACAUAUUUUUUUUUGGGUAAAACAUGUAUAGUAUACAUGUCAAGGUAUAUAUAUAGUUUGCACCCAAGAAAAAGAAGAAGAUAGUUACAAUUUUACAAAGAAUAAACUUUGGUGUGAGUUUGUGUGCAGGUUGAGACACAGUAUGGCUAUGGGGACUAUCUUCGUAGCCUUAGGCCUGGCAGCCGCCAUCGUUGGGUCGAUCAUUAUCAGCGGUUUUUGUGUAUGGCUUUGCUAUAACGCCAACCCACAAGCACGGAUUCAGCCCGAUAAUGGUCUUGAUGAUUUCUAAUAUCAUGCAUGUACUAUUUUGCUUAUUUUAUGUUUGUUUUUUUUUAGAUUAUUAACCUAUAUAGAAUAAGCAGAUUGUCAAUGCGACACGGCAUGCAAUAAUAUUCAUCACUUAUGUUGGUUUAUUGGUGUUGUAACUCUAUUCUACUUAUUUAAUUGAUUCUUUCAAUGGUUUUAUCAUACAUUGCAGUGUUUACAUUACAUGAUUACUAGUAUAUAUACUUUUUGAGUUACAUAUUUGAUGUGAAGGGAAUAAUCGUUUUGAUCAACAAAAGAAAUCAAUAUGUCGAUUCAUUGUUCCAGCCUAAACUCAAGAUGUUCAGUCUAUAAACGACAGAAAAAGAGAAACAAGACUUGAGUUUGAGUUGAUAUAUACCGCACACUUUACUCAGAAAGUUUGAUUUUAAAAUAUACUCUUAGUUUUCUAAAAACCCUAAUGCCGUUGACCAAGACCACAAAUCCUAAAAGCCCUAUAGCACAAGAAGUUUUAAGAUAUUGUUUUCUCUUCUUGCCACUGCGAAAGAAAAAAAAAAUAUUCCGCUGUAGUUAGAUCGAUCUAUGGCGAUUUCAAACCACAUCAGGAUUUUCUCACCUCUCUUUCGGUUGUUUCUUGUGUCCCACGUCAACUAAAGUCAUUAGGUUUGUUCUUUAGCCGUCUGUUGAUAUUGAUAACGGUGAUGCAGUAGAGGAUCUAAAUAGCUAUGCGAGUUUACUUUCUGUAACAUGAAUUAUUAACGGUGUUUCCAUCGUUGGACUUGGAUAUAGGCCAACUUCAACGACAAGUUUGACGAGUACCGGAAGAAGUGGGGAGGUGGAAUCAUGGGAUCCAAGUCUCAGGCCUAGACUAUGGAGAGGGUUAUAGAAAAGGAGGCUGCUCAGAGGAUGAAUUAGCCCUUCUCAAGGGUUACAGUUUUGGAGAAAACUUAUUUUUAUUACAUUUACACAUUAAGAGUUUGAAUCCAAGCAUCUCGAUAACAUUGUUGCUUAAUUCGCUUAUCUUGACUGAGGCUUUACAAACUUACUUGUUUACAAGAUUGAAUCUAGCUUGAGACCAUUUUUGUGUACAUUUGUGUCUGACUUGUAUAUUGAGGGGUCUAAUUGUACAUCACAUAAAAAGAACUUGGCUAUAAUUAAGCACAUAUACUUCUCACAUUAUAUGCUUUACUACACAGCUUCUCACUCCUUUUCUUAAACACACACCUAAUGAAAAUAUCAAAAUUAUAGAAUGUUUUUAAGGAAAAUGUUAAGAAAAAUAUAUUGAAAGUAGGCUUAAAUUACUACGUGCAUAUCGUAUGUACAUUUUAUGGUAUGACAAUCAACAUAAAAUGUAAAAAAAAUCCAUUUUCUUUUUACACUUUCCAGCUACUAAUAUCAGUCACAUUUGCUCCUUAAUGACUAAAUCUAAUACUUUCCAAUUUUCUCUAAGCUAAUAUUCAUUAAUGAUAAAAUGUAAAACUUCUAUAUUCCACCGAUUCAUUUUCAGAAAUUACCUAAAAGAUACGUGUAUAUUAUACAUGUCAAGGCAUAUAUAUAGUUUGCACCCAAGAAAAAGAAGAAUAUAGUUACAAAGAAUAAACUUUGGUGUUUGUGUGUGUGUGUGCAGGUUUGAGACACAGUAUGGAGGUUAAUAUGUUCACAGUCAUGGGCCUCAGCGCAGCCGCCAUCCUUGUGGCGUGCGCAAUCAUCGCGCUUUGUGUAUGGCUUUACAAAAUCGUUAUCAUACGCCAAGCACAGAUUCAGCCCGAUAAUAGUGCUUGAUUUCUAAUAUCAUGCAUGUACUAUAUUGCUUAUUUUAUGUUUGAUUUAUUGGUUUUGGAUAAGUUUUUUUUUUCAGAUUAGUAACCUAUAAGCAGAUUGUCAAUGCGACACUGCAAUAAUAUUUAUCAUUUAUGUUGGUUUAAUGGAAUUGUAACUCUAUUCUACAUAUUUAAUUGAUUUUCUUAUAAUAAUUUUAUCAUAUUGCAGUGUUUACAUUACAUGAUUACUAGUAUGCUUUGUCAGUUACAUAUUUGAUGUGAAUGGACGUUAUUUUACGGAAAUAAUCGUUUUGAUCAACAAAAACUCAAAAUAUGUCGAUUCACUGUUUCAACCUAAAUUCGAAGAUUUUCAGUCUAUAAGGGACAGAAAAAGAGAAACAAGACUUGUGUUUGAGUUGAUCUCUACCGCAGACUUAACUCAGUAAAUUUUGAUUUUAAAAUGCACUCUUGGUUUUCUAAAAACCCUAAUUAACGCGGUUGACCAAGAUACAAAACCUAAAAGCCCAUAGCACAACAAGUUUAAGAUUUUGUUUUCUCUUCUUGUCACUGCAUGCCAACAAAAAAUACCCCGCUGUAGUUAGAGUGAUCUACGGCGAUUUCGAACCACAUCAGAAUUUUUUAGCGGUGGAAAUUCACCUUUCUUUUGGUUGUUUCAGUAAAAUGGAUUCUCAACAGUAUCCAUCGUUGGAUAUAGGCCAACUUCAAUAACAAGUAUGAGGAGUACCGGAAGAAGCGGGGAUGUGGAAUUAUGGGAUCCAAAUCUCAGGCCAAGACUAAGGCUAAGGAGAGGCUGCUCGCCAAGGAGGCUGCUCAGAGGAUGAAUUAAACCCUCUCAAGUCUCAAGGGUUUCAGUUUUAGAGAAAUCUGAUUUUUAUUAAAUUUGUAGAUUUAAGAGUUUGCUUGAAUCCAAAUAUCUCGCCCUUUAUUAAUCAUCUUGAACAAUUUUGCUUGAACUUCUAAUUAUUACUGGGGGUUUGCAAAGUUACUUGCUGACAAGAUUGGAUCUACCUUGAGACCACCUUUAACUUUGACUCGCCUUCGAUUGUGUACACUUACGUCUGAUAUAUCUAACUUGUCGUCUACUGAGGGAUCAACUUGUAAAGUACGUAUGUGAGAAAAAGUUCUAUUAAUAAGCAUCUCACUUUCAUAUUUUAUGACUUAUUACACAUCUUCACUCCUUAAACGCACCACACCUUAUAAAAAUGUUAAAAAUUUAGAAUGUUUUAAACAAAAUGUUAAGAAAAUAUAUUGAAAGUGGCUUAAACUAUGCAUACCAUACAUUCAUAUACAUAUGUGAUGCUAUAACGAUCAACAUAUUAUGUAAUUUUUCCAGCUACUAUAUCAGCCACAUGUGCUCCUUAAUUACAAAAUAUAUAAAUUUCCAAUAGCUAAUGUUCCUUUUUUGUGCAACCAAUGUUCCUUAAUGACAAAAUGUAAAACUAAUAUAUUUCACCGAUUCAUUUUCAGAAAUUACCUAAACGAUACAUGUAUAUUAUAUAUAUAUAUUUUUUUUUUAUAACUCUGGUAUCUGGGCAGCCACAUUCCCAACUAUCUCCCUGAAAGGAGUCCAGCGCCCCAACGGAAGGGAUGUUAAAUCCGUUGUGGCCAAGACUCGAACCCGAGUGGCAGACAGUACAGCUGUACCUCCUUUACUACCAAACUACGAGCGCUUGGUUAUAUAUGCCAAGGUAUAUAUAUAUAUAUAUAUAUAUAGUUUGCACCCAAGAAAAAAAAGAAAAGAUACAAGAUUAGUGUUACAAAGAAUUGGUGUGUGUGUGUGCAGGGUAAGACACGUGCAGUAUGGAGCCUGAUACCUUCGCAGUCAUCGCAGGCCUCAUCGCAGGCACCAUCGCUGGGGCUAUCAUAAUCGUCACGGUUUGUAUAUGGCUUUGCUAUACCGCCGACCCAGACCAAGUACGAGUUCGGCCCGAUUGUAGUCCGUGAUUUCUACUACACCUAUUUUUUUGUAUGUUUCAAUAAUAUUAUCUUUUUUGUUGGUUCAAUGGUAUUGUAACGCUAUUCUACAUAUUUAAGCGACUUUCUAUGGUUUCAUCAUACGUAGUGAUUACAUCACAUGAUUACUAUUAUACUAGUUGAGUUACUUAUUUGUUGCGAAUGCCUUUAAUCUAUGCAAAAAUAAUCGUUAUAAUCAACAAGAAAAUCAAUAUGGCGAUACAUUGUACCAACCUAAACUCAAGAUUCAGUGACAGAAAUAUAGAAACGAGACUUGGUUUUCUAAAAUCCCUAACGGUUGACCAACACAUAGGAACCACAUCAGAAUUUUCUAGCGGUGGAAAUUCACAUCUCUUUCGGUUGUUUCUUGUGAGCCACGUCAACUAAAGUCGUUAGGGUUGUUCUUCAACCUUCCGUUGAUAUUGAUAACGACGAUACUAGGAUCUAAAAAGAGUGUAGAGACCGUCGCCGAUACGGAAAAAUACAGAGCCUUUCAGAUACAGAAGAUUAAGCAUAUUCAAUUCAUACCAUACAUCCUUUCUUUUCUUUUUGGGAUGUGAAAGUUUUGAGCAACAGUGAUGAUACAAGAAUACAUAUUAGUAGCUUGGAGAAUGUCAAAAUCCUAAGGAUGGUUGAUUGAUCCCCUAAGAACACUAGAAGAGGGAAUCUGUAUUUUAUAAUGAUGUGGAAGGAAAUGAUGAAAAGGAAUAAAAACACUUCUUCUUUUCUUUCAUAGAUACAUAAUCAUCUUCAUCACACAAUCAUUUUCGAGCUAAAGUAACCUAUACAACUUCCGUUUAUUACAGUACAGACACGAAUGAAGUAUACCAGAUAGUGUGGACAAAAACAAACAAGGGACAACAACAGAUGAUGGGUAAUUCAAAAGAAUCUAAAUCAUUUUCUACACGUUCAAAGCUUUGAUUUCGAGGUUAUGAUGAUGAUACUCCACAGCUUAAAAGGGGAAGCUUUACUUUUACUUUACUUAACUUUUUGUUUUCUUCUGUACUUGAAGAAUUGAGAUUGGUAUGUAUGAUACAUGUCUUGCUCCUUUCACAAAAUGGUGCAUGUGCAUAUAACCGCCUUGGGUGCU